UCUGAGAAGGCGGAGGCAGUCUAGCGGAGGUGGUGCUGAACUUCUCCACAUCGAAGCGGUGAAGUGUGGCAUAUUUGUAAACAGACAGUACAACACGAGAGGAAUCGUCUAUUCGUUUCUUGUUUCACUAGCGCUUCAAGUUCUGUGUCCCAGCAUGGCUGAAACUAAAGGGAAGUUUGAUUUUGCUAUUGAUCGGGGAGGAACCUUCACGGAUGUGUUUGCCCGUUUGCCCGAUGGUAGAGAGAGAGUCCUAAAACUGCUGUCACACGACCCCCAGAACUACAGAGACGCCCCUACUGAGGGCAUUCGCCGAGUACUGGAGGAGGAGACGGGGCAGAGCUUUGCUCGAGAUCAGCCCUUGGACACUUCUCAGAUUGGCUGGAUUCGGAUGGGCACCACAGUGGCCACUAAUGCCUUAUUGGAGCGCCAGGGUGAGAGAACAGCACUACUGGUGACACGUGGAUUUCGGGACCUGCUACAUAUCGGCACGCAAGCGCGACCUAACCUGUUUGAUCUGGAGGUGUGUAUGCCGGAUGUGCUGUAUGAGGAGGUGAUUGAAGUGGAGGAGAGGGUUAUUCUCAGACAAGAUUCCUGUCAGCUUCCCAGAAACGAGCCCAAACGAAUAGUAACAGGCAGUACAGGAGAAAGUCUGGAGGUGUGGCGUGAGUUGGAUCUUCAACGUGUUGAGCAGGAUUUGAGACGUGUGCAAUCCAAAGGCAUCAGAAGUCUAGCGGUGCUGCUACUGCACUCUUACACAUGGGCAGCUCAUGAGAAGGCUGUGGGGUCUUUGGCGAAGCGUCUUGGUUUCACUCAGGUGUCUCUUUCCAGUGAGGUGAUGCCCAUGGUGCGAGCAGUGCCUCGUGGGUACACUGUUUGUACUGACGCCUACCUUACACCAAAAAUACACCUAUACCUCACUGAAUUCACUGCAGGCUUUAAAGGAGGCUUGAAGGGUGUGGAUGUGUUAUUCAUGCAGUCAGAUGGUGGGCUGACACCAAUGGAGCAGUUCUGUGGCUCUCGGGCAGUGCUCUCUGGUCCUGCUGGAGGAGUUGUGGGCUAUGCCGUCACAUGUUAUGGGUUUACGGAAAAGAAGCCCGUCAUUGGUUUCGACAUGGGAGGCACCUCUACAGAUGUGAGCAGAUACGCUGGACAGUAUGAACAUGUGUUUGAAGCAACUAUCGCUGGCAUCACCCUGCAGGCACCACAGCUUGACAUCAGCACUGUCGCAGCAGGAGGAGGCUCUCGGCUGUUCUUCCGGUCAGGGAUGUUUGUUGUGGGGCCAGAGUCUGCUGGUGCUCAUCCUGGACCGGCCUGCUAUAGGAAGGGUGGUCCUCUGACUGUCACUGAUGCAAAUCUAGCCCUUGGUCGCUUGCUGCCUUCCUACUUCCCAAAAAUCUUUGGCCCCGGAGAAAAUGAGCCUCUCUCAACCGAGGAAACCAUGAAGCAUUUCCGCAAACUCACACAAGAAAUUAACCACUUCCUUUCUACUAACCAAUCUAGUAGUGCUUCUGGAAGACACCGCUCAGAAAUGAGUGUAGAGGAUGUUGCCAUGGGCUUCAUCAGUGUGGCCAAUGAGGCCAUGUGCCGGCCAAUCAGAGCACUUACACAGGCUAAAGGGCAUGACACAUCUGAGCAUGUGCUGGCAUGUUUUGGAGGAGCUGGGGGUCAACACGCUUGUGCCAUUGCAAGAGCCUUAGGCAUGAAGACUGUCUUCAUACACAAAUACAGCGGAGUGCUGUCAGCAUAUGGUUUGGCUUUGGCUGAUGUGGUGGAGGAGGUUCAGGAACCAUGUUCUCUACAGUAUGUAGCAGGCUCAUACUCUGAGCUGGACCGCAGGAUAGAGGAACUCUCUCAACGCUGCGACCAAAUACUGCGCAAACAAGGCUUUAGCAGUUCUCAGAUCAGUAUAGAAGUGUUCCUGCACCUGCGUUAUGAGGGCACAGAUUGCGCGCUCAUGAUCACGGCUGCAGGUCACCCCAGUAAUGCCCACUCCUGUCGCUCGGGAGACUUCCGCACAGCCUUCACUAAACGAUAUCUGAAAGAGUUCGGCUUUACCAUCACUGAUCGGCCUAUCAUGGUGGAUGAUAUCCGUGUGCGUGGUUCUGGGAAGUCUGGAAUUAGGUCAAAAGUUCAGCCCAAAGCAGGGCAGAAAACUCCAAGACCUAUUAAGAUGACCCAGUGUUACUUUGAGGACCGUUAUCUGGACACCAGUGUGUAUCUGUGGGAGAAUCUUUCCUGUGAUCACAGAAUCCAGGGACCAGCCAUUAUUAUUGAUAAGAACAGCACAAUUCUCGUGGAGCCGGCGUGUGUGGCUCAUCUGACAGAGGAUGGUGACGUGUGUAUUGCUGUUGGCAUGGGAACGCAGUGUGUCUUAGGAACUGAACUCAACACCAUCCAGUUGUCCAUCUUCUCCCAUCGCUUCAUGAGCAUCGCAGAGCAGAUGGGUCGUGUGCUGCAGAGAACCUCCAUAUCCACCAAUAUAAAGGAGCGUCUGGAUUUUUCCUGUGCUGUGUUUGGUCCUGAUGGAGGUUUGGUGUCUAAUGCUCCUCACAUCCCUGUUCAUCUAGGAGCCAUGCAGGAGACUGUACAGUUCCAGAUAAAGGCGGCAGGAGGCAGUAUGCAAGAGGGAGAUGUGAUUCUCAGUAAUCAUCCGUGUGCAGGUGGCAGUCAUCUACCAGACCUCACCGUCAUCACUCCUGUGUUUCGUGAUGGCAUGAGUGCACCGGUGUUCUUUGUGGCCAGUAGGGGGCAUCAUGCUGAUAUAGGGGGCAUCACUCCAGGCUCCAUGCCUCCCCACUCCACCAGUCUACAGCAGGAGGGUGCUGUCUUCACUUCCUUCAAACUGGUCACGGGUGGAGUCUUUCAGGAGAAAGCUGUGACAGAAGCCCUCAUGGCACCUGCUCAAUACCCAGGAUGUUCUGGGACACGCAAUCUCCGUGACAACCUGUCGGACCUUCGAGCACAGGUAGCAGCCAAUCAGAGGGGCUGUCAGCUUGUGGGGGAGUUGAUCACCAGCUACGGCCUGGAGGUCGUCCAGGCAUACAUGGGAUACAUUCAGAGUAACGCAGAGCUUGCAGUUCGUGACAUGCUGAAAGAUUUCGCCCGGCGGCGGCGACAGGAAACGGGCUCCCUUGAGGUUGAAGCAGAAGAUCAAAUGGAUGAUGGGACACCAAUCAGAUUGAAGGUCCAGAUAGAUGAACAAGAAGGCAGUGCAGUGUUUGAUUUCACCGGCACAGGGACAGAAGUGUGGGGCAACUGUAAUGCUCCUCGUGCCAUUACCCUCUCGGCCCUCAUAUACUGUCUGAGAUGCAUGGUGGGCCAGGACAUCCCCCUCAACCAGGGCUGUCUGAAACCUGUUAAAGUCAUCAUCCCCCCUGGCUCGAUUCUGCAGCCGUCUCAGAACGCUGCAGUAGUAGGCGGUAAUGUACUGACUUCACAGAGAGUGGUGGACGUCAUCUUCAGAGCCUUCCAAGUGUGUGCGGCCUCACAGGGUUGCAUGAACAACAUAUCGUUUGGCUGCGAGAAAAGCGGUUACUAUGAGACGGUUGCUGGUGGUGCGGGGGCGGGGCCAACCUGGAAUGGGCGUGGCGGCGUUCACACCCACAUGACAAACACUCGCAUCACUGAUCCUGAGAUCCUGGAGAGCAGGUAUCCAGUGAUUCUUGAGCAGUUUUCUCUGCGGCCCGGUUCUGGAGGGAAAGGUAUAUACCAUGGUGGUGAUGGUGUGAUCCGGAAACUUCGAUUUCGUAGUCCAGUGGUUCUGUCAGUACUGACGGAGAGGCGCUCUACACAACCCUAUGGCCUACAUGGAGGUAAAAAUGGAGCACCAGGGCUGAAUUUGUUACAUAAAACGGAUGGCAGAGUCUUAAAUUUAGGGGCCAAGAAUACCAUCAGCCUGGAUCCUGGGGACAUGUUCAGUCUGUUCACCCCUGGAGGAGGUGGAUAUGGAUGUGUGGAUGAACAGGAUGAAGACCAUCAACUUCCCUCUAAACGUCGUUGCCUGCAUGAGCUGCAGGACACAGUUUAAGAAGACUUCGUGGAUUCAUGUAUUUUAGGGAACAAAGCAUUGGACAAUAGAAAACUGUUUUUGAUAAAAGCUGAAAUAAAGUCUAGUGCAACCUCUUAUAAAGUGUUUUUUUCCUGUUCUGCUACACAGUGACACAGUAACAUUUUACGCUAGAAUGCACUAGAUGACAAUCAUCGAUAAUAAAAUGAGUGACAUUUUUUUGUACUGGCCAGUGGCCAUCCGUCCAGGAUGUUUACCUGAUGUUCCGAGACGCUGAGACACUUCAGCACCCGCCGCGACUCUGCGGUUUAGAGAAUGGAUUAAUUGUAUUGUAGAAUAGGCUAAUACGAAUUUUUCUUAUUAUUUGAUAUAUUGAUGAAAUUAACGGGGCCUUAUAAAUGUGUGUGUGUCAUUUCCUGCACAAACAACAGAGCUUUUAAAAAAAAGAAGAAAAAAGUGUAGCCUAAAUAUGCGCUAACCGCAAGCAUUUUUCUAAAUAGCAUAUUCGUGCAUAAAUAAACAGAAAGGUCAGGACACAAUUAAGUACAUGAUUUAUAAGGUUAGCCAUACAAAUAAUUUGAAUAAAUAAAUGCAUCAAAAAGGAUACUACAAUAUAAAAGUUGGGGAAAUACAAAACGAAAAAACAAAAUUGAAAGUUCUAAAUUUAGCCUAUUUCUCUCUUUUUUUUCUUUUUUUUCUUUUUUUUUCUCAAUCAUUCAUGUAGGCUAGUUACGAAUUUUUUUUUUUUCUUGUUUGUGACAUGAUUCAAAUCCAAUAUAGGACCUAUGCAUAAAGACACAUGUAUAGCUAAAAGGGGAAAAAAUUGCAAAAUUUGGGAAUAUUGACAAAAAUAGCCUACACCAGGCGUAACAAAAACUUAAUAGGAUUUAGUUCUCUUGUUAAGAGCAAUCAUCGUCAGAGGCGCGUAUCAUUUCCAAGCUAUUCAUGAAAUAUAGCCUAGAACAUGACAUAAUGUGUCAAGAAACGCAUUGAUCGGUCAUGUUAGAUUUUAAAUUGAAUAAUCUUGUAAUUUUUCUGUUUGUGUAUGCCUGAUGAAAGUCAUGGGACCAAACGUUGCGCUCAAUAAAGUAUUUUUGAUAGGCUAUUUAUAAAAUAGCCUAUCAAGAGCGGGUUUUUUUAUUUUUUAUUUAUUUAUUUUUUUAAAUAGGCUUUUUUACAGCCAGGUUUGUUUGGCUCAUGACAAAUCAUGUUCAACCAUUCAUACUUCUAAGCCUCAUUUACUCUCGAAGAAAAGGCUGUAAAAAUAGGGCACAGGGCAUGUUAAUAUGAAGAAUUUAACGUAUUGAUUUUUAGGUGUUUUACCCUUUCGAAUUAGCCUACUCAUUGCUUUGUGUUGCGUUGUGGUUACUUUUUUUAACAUGCUAUUUUAUUGUUUUUAUUUAGCCUAUACAACUGUAGCGUAUUAUUAACUCACUUAAAUGCCUUCCUUAAGCCUAAUAUAUCCUAAUACAUUCAUUGUUUGACGUUUAUUUUCACAUGUGAUUUCAACUAUCAUUAUUUACAACAGUUCUAUCAUAUCAACUGAGGCAUUUUAUGGGCCUAUAGGCUAAUCGGACAGAAAGCAUUUAUAAAGACUGUAAUACUUUACAUUUAAACACGAUCCUUGGCAUGGGCUAAUAUAGGCCUAAUGUUUUUUUUGUUUUAUGUUGAGACUGCUCAUUAUUUAAUGCGAUCAUACUAGCUAUUGCAAAUAGUUUUAUUAUUAUUAUUAUUAUUUUUCAUAUUGGUUGUGUUUGUUAAUGUUAAUUGAAGUCUUUUUUUUUUUCUUUUUCUUUUUUUUGGUAGGCUACAUGAUUGUUUUCUGUAUUGUGUGUUUUAUUGAAAACGAACAUUUUCAAUCUCAAACCCAUGAGAAUGCGUAUCAAUAGUAGCCUACGCGCGUGUAAUCUCGUAGAAUAUAUACGCCAAAAUGAGUUUUCGCAUGCAUAUGAUACGCACUUAAUGGCGUGUAUAAUACUCUUGGUAGUCUUGGGUAGGAUUAGUGGUGUGGGGUUCGUGUCCAUUGUACGCCAUAAAGUGCGUAUCAUAUGCACGCAAAAAACUGCGUAUCAUAUGCACGCCAAAACUCAUUCUGGCGUAUAUAUUCUACGAGAUUACACGCGCGUACUAUUGAUACGCAUUGUCAUGAGACUGGGUUCAAAAUUACAUAACCUACAUGACAAGCGGUUUGGAUAAUGGAUGGAUCUUUUCAGUUUAAGCGACAUUUCAGUUUUUAUUACAUUUUCCUUAUACCUGCAUGUAAAUGCGGUAAUAUCACCUGUCUGGAUAUUCAAUAUGCAUUAGAAAAUAAUAUGCAGAUUGACAUAUGCAUGGUAAAAGUAGGCGUUGAACAUUAUUUCGGGGUGAAGACGUAUUUUGGUGCAUUUUAUUAUAGAUAUAUUUGAUUACUUCAUUAUUCUUUAUGUAAAACCAUUAGUAGCCUAUUUCAAAUGUGCUUACAAAGGUCCUUUGUUUAAUACGAGAUUUAUUCUAUGUACUUUGAGAAAAUCAGAACAUUUAUAAGAGCAUUUUUUUUUUCGAGAAUAUAAUUUCUGCCACAUGUAAUUUGUAUUUAUUUGUUUUGGUCAUGCCAAUACUCACAACUAUAAAAAUUAAAAUGAAUAGACUAUUUUGAUAUUUUGUUCCUGAUCCUUGAAAACUUAAGAAAAAUGUUUUUGAGAAAACAUAUUAACAAAUUCUAUAUUCAAAUGCAAGUUUUCAAACGAUCAGACCUCCAAUUAUAUUUUCAGUGUUUCUGUAUUGUGUUCAAAGCAAGCAGUAAUUUUAUGAAUUGGUCAAAUGGUUGCGAUUUCAUAAGAACUUGAUAUGUUCAUUCUAUAGUCUUAAGUCCAGUUAGUUGCCUGUUUUGCCUCCACAAUGAAAACAAUGUGGAUACAGUGGGUGAAAGUUCUGAAUUAAAGGAUGUGCUGAGCAAAACAAAUCCAGAUUUCUAUAAGGUUCACUGUGUUCUGAUCGAACCAUUAUUGUUUUCUAUAGUCUUUAUAGAUUCUUCUUGUUCCACUGCAUCUUUUAAAAUACAGAAUUUUAAAAAUACCAAGAAUAUAAAUAAAAUCAAGUUGCAUUUGAUUUAAUAAUCUCUUAAUUUUUAAAAUUCCUAUCAAUUUCAUUACUGGAUUCAAGUAAAAGUGAUUUACAGGGCUUCUCAAACCACAAAGUUAUGAUGUGACUGUCAGACAGUAACACAUGAUCACAAAAAAAAAAAAAAAAAAAAAAACCCUCAAGGAACAUUUGACUGAAAAGCAAAAUAAUAGUAACAAACAUGCAUUUGCUUUGAGACAAUGUCUCUCAUGCUUUCUCCUUGAUAUUUCAAUUUUAAAAAUGGGCCACUUUCCCUUGCAAUCGAAAAACAUUUGUGUAUACACUUUUAAGAUGGAACUAGGCAAAUCUAUAUACGGGAGAUUUCCGAUUCCAAUUCCACCUAAAAUGGACACAAUUGAAGCAUAUUCAACAAUACUAUACAGUCUGACUGCUACCAUGACAAUAAUAAAACAAUGAAGAGAGACUCUACAAACUCUUCAGUGGAACCAAUUAAUCAGCCACAAAUGCUCAUACUAAGGUCUAUUAAAAAGAACGGACCUGUAAGAGGGUGGAAGUGUUGGGGGUGUGAAUGAGUGAUUUUAAGGGAGGACAGGACAGAAAAAAAACAGCAGGAGGUGGUGAGGUGACGUGCACCAGACGGAGGGACACAACCACAGACCACCAGUUAAAUGACCCUUACAUUCAAUUACUGAUCAUAUUGCUAAAUUAUGAGCUUCUGGACAGUAUCAUGAAGACAUGCAUGAUCAAAAGGUGACAAACAUUCAUUUGAUGACCAGAUUAUUAAAAAAAAAAAAAAAAAAAAA